AUGGGUAAUGUUCCUGGUGGUGGUUUUGUGUUGAAUUUAAGGCAUGGUGGUAGGAUAAAUAAAACUCAUAAACCAAGUUAUGUUGGAGGGCAGACUACUAGUUUCUCUAACAUUGAUGUGAAUGAGUGGGGAUUGUUCACACUUAGAGAUAAGGUUAAGUGUUUGGGUUAUGAAAUAAUAGAUAGCAUGAAGAUGUUUGUGAAUCUAUCAAAUGGGUUGAUAGAGAUAGUUUCAGAUUGUGAAGUAUGGGAUUUAGUCAAAGAAAUAGAGGUGCAUAAUGAAAUAGAGAUUUGGGUUGUGCAUGAGGGUGAUGUUGAUGCUGAGUGUGCUGAAAGUGAUGAGGGUCCUGAUGGUGCUGAGGGUGUUGAGGAUGCUGAGGGUGUUGAGGAUGCUGAUCCUGAAAGUGAAGCUGAAUGGGAAAGUGAGGAGGAUGCAGAGUCAGAUGAGAGUUUUGUGGAUUUAGAUGACAUAGAGUUUGAGCAAUUUGUUGAUCCAACUGCUGAGUUUGGUGGGUUAGAUGAUGCUGGAACUGCCUUGGCAGUUCAAGUUAAUGAAGAUUUGGAGAUAAAAUUUUCAGAUGAGGGGAGUGAGAAAGACAGUGAUAAUGAAGAGGAAAAAGAAUAUCAACUGCUAAUGUUUAAAGGGAAAAUUGAGAUGGCAACACCUACAUUCUGUCUUGGAUUAACAUUUGGUUCUAAGGCAGAAUUUAAGGAGGCAAUUUAUAAUUAUGCAAUGAAUAAAGGAAAGGAAAUUCUGUACAUCAAAAAUGAUAAGGUUAGGUGCAUUGUUGAGUGCAAUGAAACUGAAUGUCCUUGGAGGAUUACACUAAGGAAACAAGCCUCAGAAAAUGACUGGAGGAUUACAGCAAUCAAUGACAAGCAUGAUGGAUGUUGUUGGAAUAACAUAAACUACAUGGCUAACUCAACUACAAUUGCAAAAAGGUGGAAGAAUGAGGUUGCAUCAAACUCCAACUGGACAGCAUCUGAAUUCCUUAAAAAGGUGUCAACUACUGAUGGAAUCUCAAUAUCGAGAAGGCAAGCAUGGAGGGCAAUGAGGAAAGCAAAGGGUGCCAUUUAUGGUGAAGAAGAAAAAUGCUUUAAUAAACUAUGGAGUUACUGCUUGGAGAUUGACAGGACUAAUCCAUGUAGCAAAUACCAUGUGAAGUUGGGUGAUAAACUAGAUGAUGGCAAUAGAAGAUUCAAGAGAUUUUACAUGUGCUGGGAAGCAUGUAGAAUAGGCUAUAAGUACUGUAGGCCUAUUAUUGGAGUGGAUGGGUGUCAUUUGAAGGGAUUGCAUGGGGGUCAGUUGCUGUUAGCUAUUGGAGUGGAUGGAAAUGAUAGUGUCUUUCCUCUUGCUUAUGCACAUGUAGAAGGAGAGAAUAAGGAAAGUUGGAUUUCGUUUUUACAACAUCUUAAGUCAGAUCUUGCAAUAACUCCAACUGAUGAACUGGAAUUAACAUUUAUUUCAGAUAAGCAAAAGGGUUUACUCCCUGCAUUUGAUGUUCUUCCAGCUGUGACUCACAGAUUAUGUGUGAGACAUUUACAUGGGAAUAUGAAACUAGCUGGCUUCAAUGGAAAGGCAAUUAAAGAUGGAUUAUGGGAUGCUGCUAGGGCUACAACAGUUAACACCUUCACAGCUGCAAUGAAGAAGAUGAAGACUAUUGACUCUUAA